UUUUGUGUUUCUUGCAACGAGGGGGAAAAGAAAACGAAAGAAACGGCAUUUGUCUUUGCCGCACACAUAAUAUGGCUUAGACAGAGACACACCCGAGAAUAGAUGUCAAUGUCCGCACAAAUGCAAGAUCCACCCUCAAACCCUAACCCCAAUCCCAAUCCCAAUUCCAAUUCCAAUCCUCGCAACAAUGCCAAUGCCCCUCCGCCUCCUCCUCCUCCUCCUGCAACGACGUCGUCGUCGAUGUUCGGGAACAUGAUGGCCGGCGGGACCCACCACAGGAGGGCCCACUCGGAGGUCAGCUAUCGUCUGCCGGACGACAUGGCGGAUGUCUCUCCGUCCGAUCCGUUCGCCGGUGGCGGAGGCGGAGGCGGCGGAGGAGGAGGCGGGUCGUCCACGGCGAGCAUGGAGGAGAUGGGAUCGGAGGACGACCUCUUCUCGACCUACAUUGACGUGGAAAAGAUCGCGAAUCAGAGUGGCGGCGAGGGAAAUGGAGGCGGAGGGGGAGGAGAGAAGAGUGGGAGUGGGAAUAGGGCGAGGCAUAGGCAUAGCAGCUCUGUCGAUGGCUCCUCCACUACCACGUCGUCCACCGGUGUCUUUGGCGAGAUCAUGGAGGCCAAGAAGGCCAUGCCUCCUGACAAGCUCGCCGAGCUCUGGAGCCUCGAUCCCAAGCGUGCCAAAAGGAUAUUGGCAAAUCGCCAGUCUGCUGCCCGCUCAAAGGAGAGGAAGGCCCGCUAUAUACAAGAACUUGAGCGCAAGGUUCAGACCCUUCAGACAGAAGCCACCACUCUUUCUGCCCAACUCACACUAUUCCAGAGGGACACAACUGGUUUGAGUAGUGAAAAUACAGAGCUUAAGCUUCGGUUACAAGCUAUGGAGCAACAGGCUCAGUUGCGUGACGCUCUGAAUGAAGCACUGAAGAAGGAAGUUGAGAGACUCAAGAUUGCCACUGGCGAAAUAAUGAGCCCUUCUGAGUCAUUUAACUUGGGAAUGCACCAUAUGCCAUACACCCAAUCAACAUUUUUCCCAGUUCCACAACAGCCUGGACCUGCUUGCCACCAGAACAUGCAGUUACCUUUCAGUCAUUCCCAAUCUAGCAUGUCAACUCACCACCAACUGCAUCAAUCAAAUUCUCAUCCACUCUCAGAAAUGAUGCAGAAUGAUCCACUUGGCCGAUUGCAAGGGCUCGACAUUAAUGGCAAAGGAUCAUCCAUUGUGAAAUCUGAAGGCCCCUCACUUUCUGCAAGUGAAAGUAGCACCACAUUUUGACACAAUCUGGCUGCUAAGCUGCUGACCUGCUGACUUGUUUAUGGCACGCCCUCCUAGUAGAUUGUUUAUAAGCUUGACAUCUAGUCAUCCAGAGAAGGUACUCUAUAAUUCUAUUAUUUAUUCCAUUGGUGUUAAGGAUUGAUUCUUAAUUGUUUAUUCUUAGGGUUGUUCCCCAAAAAGGGGUAGCUCCCUCAGGUUCGGUUGCAAUGUUCAUCAGUCAUUUAUUCAA